UUAUGUGCAGCACCUGUUCACUCGGCCCCUCUGCUCACUCUGACACACACACACACACACACACACACACUCACUCUCUCUCUCUGUCACACACACACACACUCAGUCUCUCCACACACUCUCCCUGCAAACCUCAGACUGCAGAGCAGAACUUCAAACAGCGUUCCUGCUUUGGGAAUUCUUCAUGCUACACAAAGUGUUUACUUAAAUUUGGAUUCUUGUCCAGCAUGCCUGAUCACACAGUGCUCCUGGACUCCUGGAAGGACUGUGAGGAACUUUGGAGAACUUUUCCUGAUGCUCUGGUGGACCAUGGUGUGAGCUGUUGAUGGUUCUUCAUUGCCCAACUUUUUUUUUUGCACUUUUUUGGUUCUGGCCUGGAUUUUGGAGAACUUUUUCUGAUUUCAAACGUUGAGAACUUUGCAGAAUCCGAGGACUCUCGUGUGAGGAUUCUUCUCCAUCACGACUAUGUGGUUUCGACUUCUCCUCGCCUCGUUAUUCCGCGUGCGGGAUGUGUGUGUAAGGAACAGGUUCCCCAUGUGCUCAUGCUGAACGGGACUCCAGCGCGUAUCCAGUGCGUAAAGCUGAGCCAAAUGAUUCCUCUUCUUCUCCUCUCUCUUCUGUUGUCUCUUCUUCAUGGGUUGGAGGCAGAAUCCACGCUCCUCACUAAGCUUCACCACUCCAAUGGAAAAGAGCACAAUGGAGUUCAGGAGUCUCAGCAUGAGAAGGUAGUGAUGGUCAGCGGCGACGGGGUCAUCCACAGUCCCGGGUUUCCACACACUUACCCACGCAGCACUGUGAUCGUGUGGAGGCUCGUGGCAGCCAAUGAGAACGCCAGGAUUCAGCUGACCUUUGACCCCCGUUUCGGCCUGGAGGAUCCUGAGGACGGCGUGUGCAAGUAUGAUUAUGUGGAAGUGGAGGAACCUGAUGGAGGUAUGGUGCUGGGGCGUUGGUGUGGCUCUCAGUCUGCUCCUGGCCCUCAGACGUCCAAAGGGAACCAGAUUCGCAUUCGCUUCGUUUCAGACGAGUACUUUCCCUCUGAGCCGGGUUUCAGCAUCCACUACUCUGUCCUGCAGCAGAAGCCGGACGUACCCGCUGUCGUACCCGUGGCUCUGCACAGCGUGGAGGCUCUGAGCGAAGCCGUGGCUGAAUUCAGCACGGUGGAGGAGGUCCUGAAGUACCUGGAGCCUGAUCGCUGGCAGCUCGACCUGGAGGAGCUUUACAAGCCCACGUGGCACGUUCUGGGCAAGUCCUUCUUCCACCAGAAAAGAAAUAGGGGCGUGGUGGAUCUGAACCUGCUCCGGGAGGAGGUCCGGCUGUACAGCUGCACUCCACGUAAUUAUUCGGUGUCCCUGCGUGAGGAGUUGAAGAGGACGGACGUGAUUUUCUGGCCCAGCUGCCUGCUGGUGAAGCGAUGUGGUGGAAACUGCGCCUGCUGUUCGAACAACUGCUACGAGUGUCAGUGCACGCCCACUAAAGUGACCAAAAAGUACCACGAGGUCCUGAUGCUGAAGUUCAGACCAGGUCGAGGCUCGCAGAAGUCGCUGACAGAUGUGGCGUUGGAGCAUCAUGAGGAGUGCAACUGCGAGUGUAAGAACGACUGAACAAGGAGCUUCGAUGAGGAAAUAUUUAUUCAAUGGACUUUUUUUCCUAUGAUGUUCACAUUAAUAAAACAGAGAGAUGAACUGGUCUUAUGUGGACUUGGCUCCAGUGUUGGUCAUCUCACAGAUCUGUGGAAAAAAAGCACUCUUCAUUGGUCCAGUUGAAAUAUUGAGUAAGAUGAUGGAUCAUUUAACACUUACAAUAUGGACAAAAAGAUUUGUUGUUGUUGUUGUUUUUUAAAUAUGAUCUUUGCUUCUAAUUACGCUCUGAAAAAGGAUAUGAGCAUUUCCUGUUCUCUGUUUUUACCUUCUGACCUUCUUCAUCCUUCUCAAAACUUCACUGGAUUUUUUAUGAUGCUUUUGAUACCAUGAACCUCAUCCCCGGAGGUCGCUGUGGACCAGAGGAGAACCUCCACCUUUUACUCAACUGACUUUUUUAAUCACAGACAGGAAGGAGGACCAAGAGACUGCUUACGUCUUCUUUACCUUACAUUUGGCUCCAUAUGAAAGAUAAAAGUGUCUCUUGGCAUUCUCUUGAAAAGGAGGCGAGGAGAACAUUCAGGGAAAGAAAAGAGUGCAAAAGAGGGUUUUUUCUUUUCUUUUUUUUCUUUUUUAGUGUCCUUUGUGCAGCUCAUUCAUCAAAUGUCCCAUGGUGGGGCUCGAGAUGAGCCAGGAGGCCCGAGUGAGCGCUUUCUGUAGUUUUGUGUAUUUCUGUGAUGUAAAUAGCCUUCCUGUUCCUGUUCUGGUUUUCUUAAGUUCUGUAUCUUUGUUUUUAUCAGUAACGCCUUUUUUCAUGCGGAUCACAUGGUCACACUCUUUUUUACAUAAAAAUUCCUCUUUAUUAUUGUGUUAAUGAGUCUCCAAUCUGUCACGGCAAAAUCCACAGUGUUGAAUGAGCUCUUAUCAGAUCGUAUUCCAAACGUGACGAAUAGAGACACAAAGUUCUCCAAAGAGGUUUUUUUUUUUUGCCCUUUGAUUGAUCUGUUUAAGCCUAAAAUUGGAUUCUCAGGCCAAAUGAUGAUAAAAAAAUCAAUCAGAUCAAUAAACAGAAUAUGUAUAUAGCAUAAACAACACUAAAAUUUUAAUAAAAUGAUAAUGUACAGAUUUAAGAAGCCAUUAAUUCAAUUAAACAUCUAACAAUGGCUGUGUAGUGGGCGGCACGGUGGUGUAGUGGUUAGCGCUGUCGCCUCACAGCAAGAAGGUUCUGGGUUCGAGCCCCGUGGCCAGCGAGGGCCUUUCUGUGUGGAGUUUGCAUGUUCUCCCCGUGUCUGCGUGGGUUUCCUCUGGGUGCUCCGGUUUCCCCCACAGUCCAAAGACAUGCAGUUAGGUUGACGUGGGGCGGCCUUGGGCUGAGGUGCCCUUGAGUGAGGUACCGAACCCCUGACUGCUCCCCGGGCGCUCUGGUGUGGCUGUGUUCACUGCUUCAGAUGGGUUAAAUGCAGAGGAUGAAUUUCACUGUGCUUGAAGUGUGCAUGUGAUGAAUAAAGUAUGCAAAUUCUCUCAAA